CAUGCCAUGUCGCUGUGAAUUUUAUUACACAUCCCUUCCUGCGCCCUGUUAGCAUCCCUUCGUGUCAUUUACAAGCGAGAUGGAGAACAGAUUACUGUCAACCAGGAACACACGCUCCGGUCGCAGAGGGGGUUCAGUGUACAAUAAGAGACUAUUUGAUUUAUCCUGAAAAGUCUUAGACAAGCCACCCGAUGACCAGCGCAGGGAUUUCAUCUUGUCCGUGAGAGCAACUCAUAAUCAGCAUCAAAAGGAGCUCCCUGCGUCCACUCCCUGUUAGGUGGUGGUUAUUUUCUGAUGAGGAGGGUCUUCAAAAAGGUCUGUGCCAUUUAGCGUAAAUACCACCUGCAGGAAGGACCCUCCCCUCCCAGAGCAGUAUACCAGAGAACUGACCUCCCCAGGACCCAGACCUGCUCAAUCUGUCUUCCCCAGGAGGGAUGUCUUCCAAGCGACCCAUCUCUCCAUAUGGGGUAGCAGAUGGAGAGGUAGCCAUGGUGACGAGCGGCAGACAGAGACUGGAGGAUGAGGGGAGAGAUGGACACCCUGUCAUUCCCUUCCCCCUGAGUUCCGCCAGCCAGCCCUCCCCCGCCCCUGUGGACAGCCCCCCCAUGGAGCGGGAGGGCAGUAUGGGUGCCGCUCCGGGCCCCUGCACUCCACACAGUACCUCUAUCUCACCUUCCAAGAUGGAGGACGGGGGGCGAGCGGGGAGCGAGCCCGGUUCGGCCGCGGCGCUCGGCACCCCGGAGCGGCGCAGGGGCUGCCUGGCCAACGUGGUGGACACGCUGAAGCAGCGCAAGAUGGAGGAGCUGAUCAAGAACGAGCCAGAGGGGCCUGGAGACACCCUGGCGGAGAAAGAGCAUCAGCUGAUGGUCAUGAUCGCCCAGCUGACCGGCCUGCGGGAGCAGCUCCUGGCUGCCAAUGAGGAGCAGAAGAAGCUGGCGGCCUCCCAGAGAGAGCUGGUGAAGCAGCAGCAGGAGCAGAUUACUCGGCAACAACAGCAGCUCCUCCAGCAACAACAGAAAAUCAACCUUCUGCAACAACAGGUCCAGCAGGUCCAGGGUCAGUUGCCCCCGCUGAUGAUCCCAGUUUUUCCUCCAGACCAGAGGACUCUGGCUGCAGCUGCCUCCCAGCAGGGCUUUCUCCUGCCUCCAGGAUUCAGCUACAAACCGGGCUGCAGUGAUCCUUGCUCUCUUCAGCUGGUCCCCUCUACGCUGCCAGCGGCCUCAGCGACCCCUGGGCGGGGCCCAACGCUGAUCCAGAACCUCUAUGCAUCCCAGCUGAACACCACGCAGGUGUCUCCUGGGGCCAGCCGAGCCGGGACGCACUCGCCCUCUAGUGGCCUGAUGGAGAAGUGCAGGAGAACCCCCCCGACAAGACACCAGGUUUGUGCACAGAAACCAGGCCCCGGCUCCCUGAAGCACAGCGGCCUUGCUCACAUCCGCAGCCCGCCCUCCCGAGCCAGCUCCACAGAACCUCACUCCUCUCUGUCCUCCAGCGGGAUCUUAGGGGAUCAGGAGACAGAGGCCAAGGCUGUCCUGGAGGAACAGGAGAGGAAGGAGCAGCAGGUGCUGGAUAUGAAGGCAGCCACUGUCAGCAGCCUUGGCCUCAUCAACGGCCAUUCAGAGAAGGAGAAGGCCCUGACACAGCAGCUGAAGCAGUCAGAGGAGAGAAACCAUGCCCUGAUGGACUUCAACAUGAGUGGAGAUUCGGACUGCAGCCCCAGUGUGACUGAUUGGCAGAUAUUUCGGGAGGCGCGAGGCCGGGGGAAUAGUGAGCCGCACAUAAAGCGUCCCAUGAACGCCUUCAUGGUCUGGGCCAAGGAUGAGAGGAGGAAGAUCCUGCAGACUUUCCCCGACAUGCACAACUCCAACAUCAGCAAGAUCCUGGGUUCCCGUUGGAAGGCCAUGACCAACCAGGAGAAGCAGCCGUACUACGAGGAGCAGGCCCGCCUCAGCAAGCAGCACCUGGAGAAGUACCCCGACUACAAGUACAAGCCCCGCCCCAAGCGCACCUGCCUGGUGGGCGGCAAAAAGCUGCGCAUCAGCGAGUACAAGGCCAUGAUGCGUAGCCACAGGGAGGACAUGUGCCAGUACUACAGCGCGGGACAGCAGGGCCCUCUGUCUCUGGUUCCCAUGGGGGAGGGGUACCUUGGAGCCCCCUCCAUACUGGGCACUCUAUCUCCCCAAGUGCCCUCAGAACAUUCCAGCACGCCCAGCAGCCCUGAUCUGGCCACGCCCGUCAUCCGGAGCACACAGUUGGGCGACUGGAAAGAGGAGGGGCCACACAUCAAGGAGGAGGAGCAACAGUUCGAUGACAGCAAUGGCAAAGUUGAUGAUGGCUUUGACUACAAGGACGGGGACGGUGACGAUGGCAGCGACCGCGAGGACCACCCCCCUACUCAGCCACACUGAUCCGGGACAGGUUGGAGGGGACAAGCCCCACCCAAAUCCCACCCAAGUUGCACCCACCCCACACUAGCUGAAACUAUGACAGAGCACAGACAAGCACCUCACACCAGCCCCAGUACAAGUACAGAAUUGUCCCACUCUUGACUGUUAUACAAAGGGAAGAAUCACCAAACAGUCAAAUUCCCGGACUUUUGUUAAAGUUUAUAUCCCAGAUAUGAACGUUACACUA